AUGAAUUAUACUAAUGACACUGGACUGGAACACCUACUACACAAUGUAAUUAUUUCACCUAUAUCUGUGCUUGUUUCAUUGAUUGGUAUAGUUGGAAACUGUCUUGUUAUGUGGUUCCUUUCUUUUAAGAUUAAGAAGAAUCCAUCCACAAUCUAUAUUUUCAACCUCGCCCUGGCCGAUGCUUUUUUCCUUGUCUGUAUUGCUGUUUUCCAUAGUUUUUCUAUAGUUCUUAAUAUAAAAACACCAUGGGAACAUCAAUUUGAAAAUGUGCAUCUAAAUAAUGUAUUAAACGCCUUGAUGUUAUCUUGUCUCUUUGGAUACAACACCAGUGUAAGCCUUCUAACAGCUAUUAGUGUUGAAAGGUGUAUCUGUGUACUGUUCCCUAUUUGGUAUUACUGCAACCGUCCGAGAUAUCUCUCCUCCAUUAUAUGUUCAGCCAUAUGGCUCAUGUCCUGUCUAUUCACUAUAUUAGAGUUUAUAUAUUGUUGCCCUGAUUCACACAAACUAAAUAUUGUGCAUGAACAACCUGGUGGAGAAUGUAAGUACAUGUUUGUGACUAUUUGCUUCAUUAGCUUUAUGCUCUGCAUUCCAUCCAUGACUGUGUCAAGUUUGGUUCUCAUUAUCAAGGUUUGGACCACUUCCCAGCAUCGUCCACCUCAGAAGCUUUAUCUUGUGAUUACAGUAACUGUUAUAUUCUUCCUGUUGUUUGCCAUGCCCAUGAGGAUUUUACUGUUGGUGUGGUACAAGCGCCAUAUUAUGCCACCUUUUCCCAUAAUGGACAUCUUUUCUCUGUUUACCGCUGUGAACAGCAGCAUAAACCCUUUCAUUUAUUUUCUUAUUGGUCGCAGUGGGUCUGGUGGUGAAAAGUGUAAUUUGCAUGUUAUUCUACAGAGUGUUUUUCGAGAAGAAGGAAGCCAAAUCAGGAAGGUACAAAGGAACAUAAUAAACACAAAAAGAGAUACAAUAAUGUAG